AUGUUACAGAAGCAAUCAGAGAACGGAAUGGAAGGCGACGACGAGAGAGAAGAAGAAUCACAGGAAGAAAAUUCAGAGGCUGAGGAGGAAGAAGAGGAAGAUGAGCCGAGGCUCAAGUACCAGAGAAUGGGUGGCAGUGUGCCCACGCUACUCCAAAGCGAUGCCGCUUCAUGUAUUGCCGUUGCUGAACGCAUGAUCGCCCUCGGUACCCAUAGCGGCUCGGUUCACAUUCUCGAUUUCAUUGGCAAUCAAGUUAAAGAAUUUACUGCCCAUACUGCUGCAGUCAAUGAUAUCUGCUUUGAUAUAGAAGGUGAAUACAUUGGAAGCUGUUCUGAUGAUGGUUCUGUUGUGAUAAAUAGUCUUUUCACCGAGGAGAAAAUGAAAUUUGAUUAUCACCGUCCUAUGAAGGCCAUUGCAUUAGACCCAGAUUAUGCAAGGAAAUCAUCCAGAAGAUUCGUCACUGGAGGUUUAGCUGGUCAUCUAUAUUUUAAUGUCAAGAAGUGGAUAGGCUAUCGAGACCAGGUUCUACACUCUGGUGAAGGUCCAAUUCACGUAGUUAAGUGGAGAUCUAGUCUCAUCGCCUGGGCUAAUGAUGCAGGUGUCAAAGUUUAUGAUGCUGCUAAUGAUCAACGUAUAACAUUCAUUGAAAGACCUCGAGGAAGUCCCCGCCCUGAGCUUUUGCUCCCUCAUUUAGUUUGGCAGGACGAUACUCUGUUGGUCAUUGGUUGGGGAACAUCUGUUAAAAUCGCAUCAAUUAGAACCAAUGAGAAUACCGGCGCCAAUGGGACAUAUAAGCACAUUCCAAUGUCUAGCAUGAACAAGGUGGAUAUUGUGGCAUCUUUUCAAACCAGCUAUUUCAUUUCAGGAAUUGCUCCCUAUGGUGAUUCUUUGGUGGUUCUAGCAUACAUCCCUGGGGAGGAAGACGGGGAGGACUUCAGUAGCACUGUUCCGUCACGUCAGGGCAAUGCACAGAGACCAGAAGUGCGAGUUGUCACUUGGAAUAAUGACGAGCUCGCGACAGAUGCAUUACCUGUACAUGGCUUUGAGCAUUACAAGGCUAAAGAUUAUUCGCUUGCCCAUGUUCCUUUCUCAGUUAUUGCUAAACCUAGAGAUGCAGAAGAUCACAUAUCUUGGCUCCUUCAACAUGGAUGGCAUGAGAAAGCCUUAGAAGCGGUUGAAGCUGGGAAGGGACGCAGUGAGCUUGUUGAUGAGGUGGGAUCCAGAUAUCUAGACCAUCUAAUUGUGGAACGCAAAUAUGCUGAAGCUGCCUCAUUAUGUCCUAAAUUGUUGCGAGGGUCGGCUUCUGCAUGGGAAAGAUGGGUCUUCCAUUUUGCUCAUCUUCGUCAGCUUCCUGUAUUAGUUCCAUACAUGCCAACAGAAAAUCCAAGAUUACGUGAUACUGCUUAUGAGGUUGCCCUUGUUGCUUUGGCAACAAACCCAUACUUUCAUAAGGAUCUUCUAUCAACUGUUAAAUCUUGGCCGCCUGUAAUUUAUUCGGUUUUGCCCGUUAUCUCUGCUAUAGAACCUCAGCUUAGCACAUCGUCAAUGACUGAUGCACUUAAAGAGGCUCUAGCCCAGCUAUAUGUGAUUGACGGACAACACGAGAAAGCUUUUGCCCUCUAUGCUGAUCUUAUGAAGCCGGAUGUAUUUUGCUUCAUUGAAAAACACAAUUUACAUGACGCAAUUCGUGAAAAGGUUGCCCAACUUAUGAUGAUAGACUGCAAACGUGCAAUUCCAUUGUUGAUCCAGCAUAGAGAUCUAAUUAGUCCACAGGAUGUUGUGUCACAACUUAUGGCUGCAAAUAAUACGUUUGACUUCCGAUACUUUUUGCAUCUGUAUCUGCAUUCACUAUUUGAGUCAUAUCCAGAUGCUGGAAAGGAUUUUCAUGACAUGCAGGUUGAGCUCUAUGCUGAUUACGAUACAAAAAUGCUGCUUCCAUUUCUUCGUAGUAGUCAGCAUUAUACACUGGAAAAGGCAUAUGACAUUUGUGUCAAAAGAGAUUUAUUGAGAGAGCAAGUAUUUAUCCUUGGAAGGAUGGGAAACUCAAAGCAAGCCCUAUCAGUAAUUAUUAAUAAAUUGGGGGAUAUUGAAGAGGCUAUUGAGUUUGUAAGUAUGCAACAUGAUGAUGAUCUCUGGGAAGAGCUGAUUAAGCAAUGCCUGAAUAAACCUGAGAUGGUUGGGGUAUUGUUGGAGCAUACUGUUGGCAAUCUUGAUCCCCUAUAUAUUGUAAAUAUGGUGCCAAAUGGCUUGGAGAUUCCUCGAUUGAGGGAUCGUCUAGUCAAAAUCAUCACAGACUAUAGGACAGAAACUUCUCUUAGAAACAGGUGCAAUGAUAUACUCAAGGCCGAUUGUGUUAAUCUGUUAAUCAAAUAUUACAAAGAAGCAAGACGAGCUAUAUGCUUGAGCAAUGAAGAAGACGAUGCACGUAGUAAAAGGGACAAAAACUGGGCUUCUCAGUUUGCAGAGAAAUCUUUGAGCAUGAAGAGCAUGGAGGUCAAGUCGAAAACACGUGGUGGCGCUAGAUGCUGUGUGUGUUUCGACCCAUUUUCUAUACAAAACGUGUCAGUUAUAGCUUUCUUUUGCUGUCAUGCAUAUCACAAAACAUGUCUUGUGGAUUCCACCAUUUCCAUUACUCAGCAACAAAAGAAGCCACCAACCCCUACCAAGUCCUCGGAUGAAUUAUCGUAUUACGAAUAUGAUAAUGGCGAUGCUGAGGAUGAUGAGGAAGAGGAUACUUCUUCAGGAUCUCCUAAAAUGCGUUGCAUCUUGUGCACUACUGCUGCAGGUUGA